AUGCCUCGCGGUAGAAAGAGAACUGCUCCAGCAAGGGCUGUGACUAGUCAGAGGAAGAAUAAGAGGGUACGGGUUGGGCCUGCGACUCCAGGGGGGACGAAAACACACUCAUCCUCGAGAGAACGCGAAGAAAGUUCGGGCUAUGCUGGUGAUAAUACCGAUCACACUGACGAGGAUACGAAUGGGGGUUUGGACCUAGGCGUAACCGAGGUUGAUGAUGAUGACGAUGAAUUUGGCAAUGACGAUGACGACGACGACGAUGAUGAUGACAGGGAAGCGGAGCUGACCAGAGCGGCCUUGAGAGGCCUCCAGGAGGCAAUGGAGAGGACUGAGAAGAGGGACAAUUAUGCCAAAGAGUUAGAGAAAUGCAUUGAUGAGGAGGAAAGGAGGCUUGAAGGGCUUCUGGAGGCGGUAGUGAGGGAAAGGGAAUCCGAAGCUGAAGAGUUCCGCUCCAGAUUCAGCUUGUUAAUUGGCACCGCUCUGGCUCCGACUGGGACAAAGACAUCAGGAUCAGCGGCUGGCUGUUUGUCGGAUACUCAAAAACUUUGUCUUGAAGAUGUAUCAUCUGACAGACAUCCGUUGUACAACAAAUGUCAAGUCCUACUUCAGUGUACCAAAUCACUGCUUCAGGAAUAUGACAAUCUCGCAGCGUACAUCUCCAAGCUUGAAGUGCCGCCAGACCCCGCAGAAAUGUGGGAAGAAGAUUGCGCAGAGACUCGCCGGGUGAUUGGGAUUGGUGCGGAAGCAUCUCAGGCUGAAAUUAACAAGCUUUUGGCUUGUAAGGAUGAUGCUCAAAAAAGAGGCGAUAAGGGGGAAUCUGCACCAUCCAAGGGGAGAAAAAGGGGAAGAAGGGCUAGGGCGAAAGUUUUUGAGAAAGAUGAGCAUCUUCAGGCCAUGCUGAAGAUUGGGAAGGAAAAGGAUCCAUUCCCAACGAAAGAACCAUAUGGCUGGGGUAAAACGGCAUUCCAGAUGGUGAAAGGGAUGAAGACACUUGCCAAGGCUUUGCCUGUUGAGAGAAAAUGA